GACUGUCAUUUUUGGACUUGAUAUUUUGCUCGAGUUUUUUAUUAUCAAGUACGUUUGCGAAUGUUUGUAUAUUGGUGACGAUUUUAAGAACCUCCUCAAUUUAUUCUUGAGUACUUUUUUAAAACCAAUAAAUAAUUUGAAAACUACCGCUGUCCGGAAUGUCUUUCUUCUUGAAACAAUUAAAUCGCAAGGUAAUUGCACCAGUUAUUUCAUCAAUAAAACAUGCAAACUUUUCUACCGCUCCUGUAUCAUUUACCCCAAGAGUUCAGAAACCUGCUCCACAAUUUGAAGCUACUGCUGUUGUGAAUGGCGAAUUCAACAAAUUAAAACUAUCAGAUUUCUCUGGGAAAUAUGUUGUACUACUAUUCUAUCCUCUUGAUUUUACCUUUGUCUGUCCUACGGAGCUUAUAGCAUUCAGUGACCGUGCAAAAGACUUUGAGAAUAUUGGUUGCCAAGUUAUUGGUGUAUCCACAGAUUCUGAAUUCAGUCAUCUCGCUUGGAUCAACACCCCAAGAAAGGAUGGUGGUCUUGGUAAAUUGGAUAUCCCUCUAUUAGCUGAUUACAAAAAACAAAUAUCUCAAGAUUAUGGAGUACUCCUGGAUGAAGGGUUUGCUCUACGAGGAAUGUUUGUAAUUGACAAAAACGGUACCUUGAGGCAUAUGUCAGUUAAUGACUUACCAGUUGGCAGAUCUGUUGAUGAAGCUUUGAGGCUGGUCAAGGCAUUUAUGUUUGCUGACAAACACGGUGAAGUUUGCCCUGCCAACUGGAAUCCAGAUACCAACGCUGACACAAUAAAACCCAAUCCUAAGGAAAGCAAGCAAUAUUUCCAGAAGGCCAAUUAAAUGGAAAAUGUAAAGAUGUUUUCUAUUACUUCCGCUAGAUGGAGUACUGAUAAUUGUUUUGAUACAACAGCCUAUCGAUAGCAAAGCUAUUGAAACUAGGCCUUGAAUGAUGUAGAACCAUUAUGGAAUUUACGAACGGAGUGCAUUUAUUUUAAGUAUAAUUAUUAUGUGCAUAAGUUAUUAAGAUUAUUUGUUAUUAAUUUCACAGCACAUGAUCACACUAUUUUUCCAUAAUAUAUAUUUGGUUACAG